AUGGAGCUGCUGUGCUGUGAGGUGGACACCAUCCGGAGGGCUCACCUGGACCGGAACCUCCUCACUGACCGAGUCCUCCGGACCAUGCUGAAAGCCGAGGAGACCGCCUGCCCGUCCGCCAACUACUUCAAGUGUGUGCAGAGGGAGGUUCUCCCCUACAUGAGGAAGAUCGUCGCCACAUGGAUGCUGGAGGUCUGCGAGGAACAGAAGUGCGAAGAGGAAGUGUUCCCCCUUGCCAUGAACUAUCUGGAUCGAUUUUUGUCCGUGGAGCCGCUGAAGAAGAGCAGACUGCAGCUCCUGGGGGCGACGUGCAUGUUUUUGGCGUCCAAAAUGAAGGAGACCAUCCCUUUAACUGCAGAGAAACUUUGUAUUUACACAGAUAAUUCCAUCAGACCAGAGGAAUUACUGUUAAUGGAGCUGGUAAUCCUGAAUAAGCUGAAAUGGGACAUGGCUUCUGUCACCCCUCACGACUUUAUUGAACAUUUUCUUAACAAAAUGUCACUGACUGAGGACACCAAGCAAAUCAUCCGCAAACACGCCCAGACUUUUGUGGCUCUCUGCGCUACAGAUGUAAAGUUCAUAUCACACCCUCCUUCAAUGAUCGCAGCUGGAAGCGUAGCAGCCGCCAUGCAGGGUCUCAAUUUGGGGAACACAGACAGCAACCUCUCCUCUCAGUGCCUUACAGUCUUCUUAUCACAAAUCAUCAAAUGUGAUCCGGACUGUUUGCGGGCCUGCCAAGAACAGAUUGAGUUACUCCUGGAGUCAAGUUUGCGUCAAGCAUCCCAACAGAUCAACAUC